CGUGUCUCCAGAUUCUCCAUCUGAAAACCAUUCACGUCUGAGCACGACUCACGAGUCACGACACCCUGGCCUCUUUCUGUGCUCAGGCCUCCGACCUUCCGAGUGUUUUUCCAUUUAUCCUUGCUCCGUAGUUCUUGUCAUUCUAGGGAAGAGAAAGAAAAGAAAGAUUAUGAGGAAGCAGACCAGCCCUUCCUCCGCUUUACCUCUGGUUCAUCUUCUCCUGCUUCUCACUCUGUUGUUUGUAGCUAAGGAUGGUGGCAUUGUUAGAGUUGCAGAGGGAGGGAAGAGAAGGGUUUCUAUCCCAGACGAGCUGGAAGACGUGAUCGAUGAUGAAGAGGACGAUGCUUGGAGGCAAUGGGGCCAAAAAUCCAGCCCAUCGCAAGAUUCCGAAUUCGAUCCUCCUCCGGAUUUCAGUAAGAUGGAUCCAUCACAGAUUCAGGCCGAAAUGAUGAAGCAGCAGUCUGGCCCCUCUUUUGGUUUCGUCAAGCUUCGAUUAGGUGUUCGACGUUCGCCGGAUGUGGUCUCGGAGAUUGCUAUGAAAUGGACCAAGGUUCUCAAGACCGGAUCAAUUGAGGUCAAGUUCAUGACUGUUGAUACCAGUACCAUAAUGUUCACAAUGCAAAGAGGGAAGGACACAACAGAGUUGAAAGAAUUUGUACUGGAUCAACCGGAGGCAUAUGAGAUAAAGAUAGGUGAUAAUGUCUUCCGGAGACCUGGAGAUCCUCCUCUAGAGGAAGUUCUCGAGAAGCUCCACACUGAGAAGAGUAAAGCCUAUGAUUAUAGUUCUACAGAGUCAGCAGAGCAACUGAAAUCGGACGAGCUAUAGUGUUCUUUGUCAGUUUGAUUCAAUUUGGUAGUUGAUGUAUCGGAAACUUCAUGUGAUUCAAAAGAUCAUGAAAGCCACCUGUUUUAUGA